ACAAGGACUACAUGUUUGCUCAGUAAUCUCCGGCUCAACCUGUCUGAUAGGUGUGGGCUGGCUGGCAGUGACUUGCGCAGAUAUGUCAAAUCCAACACAGUCUUGAGAGAGAGGAGGGAAGCUUUUGCAUUCCUGAAAAGCAGAAGGAAAGCAAUAGAAGAACAACUUUCAGAAACUCCAGGAAGUCAAACAGAAGAAGAAGAAACCAUGGGAAAAGGUGAAAGGCGAGGAGAAUGCUACAAAAUGUAAAAUAAACCCGGGAAGCUUCUUCUGCAGCAGUUCGACAGAUGGGUCUGGAAUCCUAAUGUGGCAUUUCAGGCUCUGGGAAAUACAAGAUGUUGCUGUUUUUCUCAGCAUCAUGUUAUAUAUGUGCCACCUAGCUGGAGCCAUCUCCAUAUACUCUCCUCAGAGGAGCCUGAUCCGCUCAGUGCAGGACGAUGUGAUCUUCUCAGUGAAUUUCACCUGUAGCGGGAUCCCAAACAUACAAUGGACUUUUAUGUCAGGAUUGGUGAGCCGGACGAUAGGGGCCUGGCAGCCGGGGGGGUACACCAACAUAACGGAGGACUACAGCAGCCGAGUGCAGGCCUAUGACAACGGUUCGAUGGGCCUGUCAGACCUGCGGCUGCAGGAUGGUGGAUUUUACGUGGUCACCAUCACAGAAUCAACUGGGAGCAGCAAGGAUUUUGGUUUCGUCCUAAAAGUAAAUGAGGUUCUGUAUGAGGACCUUCAGUACCUUACUGUCUCUUUUUUGGCCCUGGCCUGCUUGGCCGGCCUUCUUAUGCUCACCAUGUGGCUCCUGGACAAGGCCUACAAGAAGAUAAUGGCAUGCAAGCGCAGGAGAGAGAUGCCAGGUGAUGCCAGAAAAACAGGUUUGCAACUUGGAAAUGUCUUGUGAAUACCCAUUCAGAAGAUUUUGGAUUGCUGGCAUUGCUCAAACAUAUUCUUCCCUGAUUUCUUGUAUGGAUAUGUGCUGAAAACCUUCAUAACCAAAAUAGGUCACUCUACAUGGAGGACAACUAUGUAACCAAAACAAAUAAAUACAAAAAGAUAAAAAGAUUUGUGUGUCUGUUUCUCCUGCAAAUAUCCAGUGUUUUACAGAAUUUAUUACAUUUUUGUGGCAAUGAUAAUGGAAACACUACAGGACACCUUUAUACACAUUCAUGCAAUACUUUAUUGUCUGCACUAAACAGGCAUAGUCUGAACUACAUGCAGUUUAACAGGUAGUCCAUGGCAGACCUGCUGCUUUCAGGGAUUUCAGGGCACAUUUGCAGGCCAGUUUCCCCAAAACUCUCCCUGGUGCUGAGGAUGAACUCUUGGUGCAGGUUUAGUCAUAAAGUUCUGUCAUGCAGAAGUUUGGGGCAGAAAUUUUGAACACAGAAAGAGUGCCAUCAGAUUCUGAUCCAUCAUGCUAUACCAGGGGUAGGCAACUGCAGGCCUCGAGUGCCGGUGUCCUGGAGGUUUUAGAUGUGUCCAUGAUCCAUCACAGCUGAUUUAAUGGGCUAAAUG